AUGGCAGGGCAACUCGCUCAAUUAGUGCGCGAGGUAGAGCGCCUAGUCACGGCGCCUUACGUGCCUUCGUUACAGGACCUCCAUGAUCUGGUAUCCCAAAGCCGAUCUUCAACAGUUGGCGCCUGGGCAUUAUCUAAGCCCUGCCAAGUUGGCUUGUUGGCUGAUGUUUUGAUCGAAGCCUUAUCGCGAUCACGCGUCGCUCUGUCUUUGAUCACGGCAUUCGCAUCUACACCGUCCUUUAGAGAUGCGCUGCUCGAGCGACAUUCGGUCAUUUUGGAUGCCUUUCUAGAAAAGGCCCUGGAGACUAAUGGGACUGAGUAUUUCCCGGCAUGUAUCGCAUUAUUCUCAUCGCCCCUGCCAGCGGAUGUUGUGCCACCAGCCAAGAUUGCCCCCUUCAUCACGAAGCUGGUCAGCAUGAUGGCAGAGAAUCCCUGCGUUGAGACUGUAGCACCUCUCCACGCACUUAUCUCAGGACUCAAGGGCUCGCCACGGAUCUUGAAUGAUAUUUCAUCCGAGGUCAUGUCCAAUCUUCAGCUGGAGUUCACCAAGACACUGCGCAACUUGGACGAUCAUAUGGGCAAUCUCUUAUGUCUGGCAACUUUUGCACAAAUCGCGACCGCACUAAAUACAGCAUCUCAAAAUCAACACGGAUCAGAAGCGUCAUGGCUUCUUAGCAUUAAACAUUUCUUUGGCCAGAAACGGGGGCUCAAAACACUCGACUUGGUUGUCUUGCGUGUGAUACUCGCUUGCUCGUCCAGUUGUAACUUGGCACCACCCCAGGCGGCUGAGAGUAUUCAGCUGGCCAUUUGCAUUGCUGACGCAAUUGAGCCUGAGCAGAAGCAGGCCUGGAUGGCAGGUAAUAAGCCUAAGAUUGCUAAGCUGUGCGAGAAGGCUGUUAGAGAUGGUCUCUAUGGUCAAACACAAACGAUGGUAAUCGUGUUUUUGCACACACUUCUCCCGGCACAUUCGUUGCCAUCCCAGCUACGGGAACUUGGCAUAAAGAUCCUUUUGUCCGAGAACAGCCAAGAGACUAUGGAAAAGAUACCCCAUCAACUAAUUCCACGCCUCGCAAAGUCUUUAGCUGAAUCUGGGGAACCUGCCACUCGUCAACUUUUGACCUAUACUUUCGAUGUCUUAAGGGGUAAUAAAUGGUUGGGGAUGGGACAGCUCGCAGCACUGAACCAGGCACACUUCGUAUUAGCUGGUGUGCAAAGAGUACAUCCCGAGCUCAUAUUUUCUAAUGUCAACAACUCCAUGGCCCCACUGAGGGAAGCUCUUGGGGAGAUGGUUGAAUACUUUCCCCGACAGCCAAGCGAAAGCCAAUGCAGUGGCGGAGCAUGGUGUGGAUCUGAGCUAUACACAAAGCAAAACAAGCUGUUCCUAUCUCUAUUAAAACUUUACAACAUGGUUUCGGCGCAAAACGGAAGCGACAUCCUCAUGAAAUCCUUCAUGGGACGAGUGGAGCAAUCAAUGCCGAGCCUCGAGUGUGCCUUCUCAACAACAACCCCCAAAGCCUUCCGUGGCUCCCUUGCUUUGCGCGACAGACAUGACAUCUCGUCUAGUCAGAUCAACCGUGACUGGCGCUCUGGAGUUACCGAACUCUUUAUGCAGAAUGCCCAGACCUCUCACGACAGUAUGAUGAGAAAGAUUGAGGAUAUGUGCUUCGACCUAGAGAGUCGCUGUCACGAUGUCGAAGGGCCCUUGCGAGCUGCUGAAGAAGAACGGGACAGAUAUGCGAGCGAAAACGAGCAACUGAAAACCCAAAAUACAGAGCUUGAAACUAAGUCAGGGGGCUUAUCCGAAUGUUUUGUUGAAGCUGGUCACGAGAACACACGUCUUGAACAACUCCUUCAAGGUCAAUGUGCAUACACCGACGAGCUGACUAUGUCGCUCGAAUCUGCACGCGAGGAACUCCAGCAGCAGCAGCGGAGUUCCGAAAAGGCACUUCUUGUUGAAAAAGAGAAGGCCCGCUCUAAGGAAUUGGAAAUGAUGGCUACUUUAACUGAAAAGGAUGAUCAACUGGAAGAGCUUCAGCAGGAGAUGUGCAGCUUACAAAUGAAGAAUGAGCAGAUGCGCCAGAGUCUCGAUCAAGUAUCGAGCGAAAAGGCUACGUUAUCUGAACUCUCUAGCUCUCUAAAGCAAGAGCUUGCUAGUGCUACAGAGACAUUGAAGCAGACCAGACUUCUUGCUGAUGAGAAAGAAGAUGAAGUGAAACGCCUCCUGGCCCAGGAGGAGGAGUUGCGAAAGCAACUGGGGUCCAUGGAAGCAACGGUUGCACAACAGAAUAUUGAAGUUGAAAGGCUCUAUUCUGCAUUGGAAGAAUCUGAGGGAAAGUCGCACAGUGAGAUUGAAAGGCUGAAACAUGACCAUGAAGCGGAAGCUUCUCGGGCCGCAUCUGAGAUGGCGAAGCACGAGACAGAAAAUCGGCGAUUGCAUGCAGCUAUGCAAGCUGCCGCGCUUGAUGCUUCCAGAGAUGCGCAAUCAAAAGACAAACGGAUCCACCACCUGGAGAGAAAAGUGCAAGCCUUACGAGACGAACGUGCUGCCAAGGCCCGCGAGUUCUCAGAAGCACAACAACACAUCGGUCGUCUAAUGGGCGUGAUGGGUUUCUCUGCUAACGCCCCUGAGUCAAACGCCCCUCCAACCCACCAACGAACCAGGUCCUCCGUCAACACCACUCCAGCUGCAAGGACCCCACAAACCAUAAGUGAUGAUGAAGAUAACACACAGUCAGCGCAGCCCUUUGAGUCUAUGACUUCCAACUUCAAUGGUCCUACUCCAAAACGACCAAGAGGGAAUCGCAAAUCGCCUUAUGACCUGAAUACUUCUCCUGCUACAGGUCGCAAGACGAAAACCCCACCGCCGGCCACCGGCAUAUCUCGUUCUGUGAGAAAACCACUAGCAGAGACUCACCGCAACAGCCCGACGAAAUCACAGUCUAGCAGUGGCUCGAAACGAAAUCAACUGGAUGACUCCUUCCAGGAGACGCAGGAUCAGGGGAACUUUGAGGAGAAUAGGUUGCAGGAUUUGGAUUUGGAUAUGGAUCUGGAGUUUUCUAGGGACUUUCUCUUUUCGAGUACGGCUUUUACGGGGUCGACGGAUCAGAUUGCUCCGCAGUGA